AUGAUUGGAGACCGCAUUGAGAAGGGCUUGAGGGAUGGAAAAAUUCAAGGAGCUAUUGUAACCCCCAAUGCACCGAAUAAGUAUUCUGGAGGUUUCCAGAAGAAAAAAGAAGGUGAUACAAAUGCUAUAUCAAGGGGUUAUAAAGGUAAGCAACAGAUUUCAUACGACCAAGUCGCCGCUGUGAAUCGUGUGCAAGACUUAAUUGAAGCUAAAGUUGUCACCUUCACUCCAAGACGCCCGAACGUAAACACCAAUCCCAUGCCAACACAUGGAGGUGCGUCAGUCAGUUCCAUUGAAGAGAUCAAUAAGGGUGAACUGAUCAAGAAAGUUGAAGAAAUUCAAACUCCUAUUGCCGUGAUAGGUGCACAAUUAUUGAAGAGUGGUUUGAUCCCAAUAGAUCUAGUUAAUGAAGAAAAUAUCGAAGAGUUGAAGAGUUUAAUCCAGCGACUAUUAGAUCAAGGUGAACUGCAGAUUGAGCGCCGCAACAAAUACAUGAAGGAAAAAGAAAUAGUUGCAAUUAGCAUUCCUUACGACACAAUCAAUGUGGAGAUCCCCAUCACCCAGUUAGUGAUAGAAUUUCCAGCACCCUUCGCAUACGAAGAUGAAAAAGCAGUACCGUGGAUAUAUCAGCCCAGAGCUUUUAAGCAGGGGCAAGAAGACCAACCUGUGGUCAUUAAUGAGCCAAAUGUUACCUCUAUUAUGGGCCCAGCCGGAAUAAGACACAGUGGCCUAGUGUUUGCACCAAGAACCGUUGAUGCUUCUUCCAAAGAUAAAGGGAAGGAAGUUGCCACCCAUGUCCAAAUUCCUAUUCCAAACCUUGAAUUACAAGAAAUGCGCUUAUCUCCAAAAGCUGCCAUUACCCAAGAGGAGGCUGAAGAAUUUUUGAAGAUAAUAAAAAAGAGUGAUUACAAGGUAGUGGAUCAGUUAAAUCAGACCCCUUCGAAGACAUCCAUGUUGUCUUUGUUACUCAGCUCAGAGGCACAUAAAGAUUCGUUAAUAAAAGUGUUAAGUGUUGCUCACAUUAUGAAAGACAUUAUAGUGGAACAAUUUGAUGAUGUGAUAGCUUGUGUAACCACCAGAAACUUCCUAGGGUUCAAUGACGAUGAACUGCCCGCCGAAGGGAAGAAUCACAACAAAGCUCUACAUAUCUCCUUAAGAUGCAUAUAUACCCUAUUAUCAAGAGUUUUGGUGGAUACGGGUUCUCCAUUGAAUGUUAUCCCAAAGACCACUCUGGUGAAAAUUCCGUUGGAAGGACUAAACAUGAAACCCAACACGCUGAUAGUGAGGGCUUUUGAUGGCUCAAGGCAAGCAGUAAUAGGGGAGGUUGACUUACCAAUUAAGAUUGGCCCAACUAUCUUCAGUAUUACAUUCCAAGUUAUGGACAUACACCCCAGAUAUAUCGAACUGGAAGGAGAAAUCACUGAGACACCAUUCCAGUCCUUGGAAGUGGUGAACCAAGGAACUAAAGCUGCUAUAGAGAAUGGGAGAGCCCAAGGCUGGGGCAAGGUGAUAGAAGUGCUCGAGAAAUGGGACACAUUUGGUUUGGGAUAUGAACCAUCCUUAGUUGAAGCAAGCAGUCAGCAUGACAAAAAGCAAGUUCCCCCUAUUGAGGAGACAUUCACUAGUGUUGGCCAUAUCUUUAGUGGUCAUGUUGUGAUGAUCAACGAUGAAGCUUAUGAUGAGGUGGUAUCCAGCUGGAUACAUCAGGCCGCGCCCGAUGAAGAAUUAAAGAACUGGAAGACUGUGGAAAUCCCCCAAUUCUUUAAAAAGUAA